AUGGUGCGCGCCGAGGAGGUGCGCAAAAAGGAGGCGGAAGCUGAGCAGCUCGAGGAGGCAAAUAAGUUGCGCCAGGAAGAGGAGCAGCGGCGACAAGCAGAACUAGACGAGAAGAUUGUGACACUACAGGCAACGCUCGUGUCGAAUGUGGCGCAAAUUCAGCAGUUUGACCCCACAUACGUACAGGAGAAACCGUACGUGACGGAUAGCGGGGCGGUGAACGUUGCGUGGGGCUGGGAAGGUAAUAGCAACACCAACGGCACUAGUAGUAACAACGACAGCAACGUGUAG